AAGCGUCGUGUUCGUUCGCAGUCCGUCAGUCUAUCGGCAACCUGCGUACCAGUCGUGUCGCAGUGCUUACGUAACAAUAUAUUAUUAUUAUUCUUACUUGCCUGACCGGUGUGUUGUUCAUUUAUAAAUCGCGGUCUACGUUUUUUCGUUCGUCCCUCGCCGAGUUAUUCGUCUUUCCUGCUCGGUCUCUCUAAUUGGUUAAUCACCACACAAUUGUAUACAUAUACAAAAUCAAUCAACAUAACAUAUAUACAUAUCUUUCAAUCUACUACAUAAACGCAAAGGAAUAUAAUACAAAUACACAUAAAGAACAUACGACGAACGCACGCGCUGCGCUAGCGAAAAACGCGUUUUACGUCUAAUGCGAAUUGUCGUUACCUGCUUCUUGUCUGCAUACAUCGCCGCGCGGAUACAUCCGGAUCCAGAUCGUCGGUCAACGUUACCGUGCUCAUCCAUCUCCGUUCGCGUGAUCGAUUAAUACGCGAUUAAUCAGUAUCGUCUAAACGUGAAUAUAACGGAAUACGUGAAGAGAGAGCGGAUUAUACCUCGCUGCUGCAUGGGCUACUACUUGCCGGUAGAUGAACAAGUGUCGUCGACGAACUACCACGGUAGAGCACGUUCUCUGGGUUUGGCCCUCCUCCACGGGCACGGUGUAUCGAUUGCUCUAAAAUAGACGCGUGGGAACACCUGCAGGCUACAUACACAUUCUACCUACAACUCAGACCGUCUCGUUCUCUCUCUAGCCCUCUCUCUCUCUUACUUUCUCUCUGCAUCGGUCUUUCCUGACGCCCUUGCAGCGCGUGACAGGUGCAACGAGAGUAACGGUAGCAGCACCGCGCUGUUAUAGGGCUGGAGGUGGAGGAGGUAGUGACGGUGGAGGUGGAGGUGCAAGCGACGAAGAAGAAACAUAAUAGGAAGCGGAAGAAGCGAAACGACGAAAAAGAAGAGAGAGAGAGAGGGUAGAACGGAAGAAAGUAGAACCGACACACAUACAUACGUGCGCGCGCGCGUUUAGAUACGGAAAGGAAAGGAGUAAAGGUGGAGAAGGAGGAAGGAGGCGAAACGCCUGGGUUUCUCGCGAGAAAAGGGUUAUUUCCAGUGAUACGUCCUGGAGGCGCCUGUCGUCUUCGCCGGUACAACCAUAACGCCGCCCGCUUUAAAACGCCCGAGACGGGAUACGGUGGACUCAUCACCGCCACCCGCUCGAACCGCAGCCCCCGGAAACCCCGGACCAUCCAGCAAACUCGCUUGCAUCAUGGACGCACCGCUCUCACAGAGUAUGGACUCCGUCAACACGGUGGCCACCGGUGAAGACGAGGUGCGCACCUUGUUCGUGAGCGGCUUGCCGAUGGACGCCAAGCCGAGGGAGCUCUAUCUGCUCUUCAGAGCAUACGAGGGGUACGAGGGAUCCCUGUUGAAAGUCACAAGCAAAAAUGGGAAAACAGCGUCGCCGGUGGGUUUCGUGACUUUUCACACGAGGGCCGGUGCAGAGGCGGCGAAACAGGACCUUCAGCAGGGGGUUAGAUUCGAUCCUGAUAUGCCACAAACCAUACGUUUGGAAUUUGCAAAAAGUAACACAAAGGUUAGCAAACCCAAGCAACCAGCCGCUGCAGCAGCCACCUCGCACCCUGCUCUGAUGCACCCUCUAACUGGACACCUAGGGAGCCCAUUCUUCCCUGGUGGUCCUGAAUUGUGGCACCAUCCAUUGGCGUACUCGACCGCUGGCGAAUUACCAGGCACGCUGCAACACGCGACGCUGGUGCAUCCGGCGUUACAUCCUCAGGUCCCCGCGCCCAUGUCUCUGCCGCAUCCCACGACGCUGACGUCGAUACACGCGUCGCUACCCCACUUCCUACCCUCGCCGGCACUGGCAUCGCCGGUUGGUUCACCCUCGUCCCAACCGAACAUAGCAGUGAGCAACGCGCCCUGUUCCACCCUCUUCGUGGCCAACCUCGGCCAAUUCGUGUCCGAGCACGAGCUCAAGGAUAUCUUCAGCAGUUUUCCUGGUUUCUCCCGGCUUCGUAUGCACACGAAGGGAGGGUCGCCAGUGGCCUUUGUCGAAUAUCAAGACGUUCGCUACGCGGCCCAGGCGAUGGCCACUCUCCAAGGAUCCUUUCUCCUCUCCUCCGACCGGGGAGCAAUACGAAUCGAAUAUGCAAAGUCAAAAAUGGCCGAGGUGGGCUUUACAAAUCUCUGGAUCGAAGGAUCAAAGAGAGAAGAAAACGGGCAACCUUAAGAUCGACAUCAACGGCAUGUAAGAACGAGGGAACGAGGGAACGACCGUGCGUGCUCACACCCCGGAAAUCGGCGAUACGAUGACGAGGACGGAUGUUGGAACCCGAUUGUUUUCGCGAUCUGUAAAAGAAAGAAAGAAAGAAAGAAAGAAAGCUAAAUAAAUAAAUUGGACGUCGGCGUGGAGCGCAUCCAGAGCGAGAUAUCGCUCGAGAAAUCCACGCUUCUGCGAAGGAAUCGAGGAUCCAAGAUGGCGGCGCGGCAAGCAACCGCGGGAAAUUUGAAACGAUUCGAGCGAUCGGGGGUGGGAUCACGAAGAAGGGGAAAAGAAGAAGGAAAGCACGUAAGGGGGGAAAAAACCAAGGAGAGGAAAAUAAGUAUUUCACGUACACGAAAGAGAGAGAGAGAGAUACACACGCAAGAAGAAAACAAGGAAGGGGAUGCGAUAGAUCAGGAAAAUUUCAGAGAAACGGGACAAGUCGAAGUGUGUGUAUGGUUGUUCAGCCUUGUCUCGCGAAAGCGGCACCACAAUAGGGAGGAGUUUUAAUUCGAGAAGAGGGGAUGGGGAAAAAGAUGAAAAUAGAAAAAAAAUAUAAAAAAAAAAGGGGAAAAAAAAAAAAAGAAGAAUUCUUAUAAAUCGCGCGGAGCAACGGCGUUUUAGAUUCGCGACUCGCGGGGGGCCCAAAAAUAAUCGCGUAUAUAUGAUAUUCCUAGGUAUAUAUAUUUUUUAACGACUUAACUUAUCGAUCUAUUUCGAUUAGCCGUGUACUAUCUUGUCUAUUUAUUUUCCACCGAGUCUUGAUUGCGAUCAACGACGACGACGAAGCGAGAGACACGAAAAAGAAAAAGAAAAAAAAGAGAAAAAAAACGUAAAAAAAAGAAAAAACGAAAACAAAAAGAAAAAAAAAUAAAGAAAGGAGAAAGGAAGAUGAGAAAGAAGAGGAGAAUACACGAAGGAGAGGAUCACACGAACACACAUACACACACAGGUGUACACGCGCGUCGAUUGUGUCAACUCGUCGCGACACCUCGGCGCGAUUUUCACGCGGAGGCGGUAUUGCGCGCCGCGAUUUCGACACCGUGACGUCAUUUUCUUUCUACACUAACCUCCAAAAGUAGAGAAACACCAAUUAUCUUCCCGGUUGAAAAAGAAAAGUUUGGAAGGAAAAAUUCUUUGAAGUUGAAAAAAGAAUAAUAAUAUAAAAUUUGACGUAUCUCUAAUUUAUCUCUAACAUCAGUUUCCAAACUUUCGAUAUAUACAUAAAAUUCGAGAAUUUGAAAAAGAAAGAGAAAACUAUUACCAGUGCGAAAGAUUCUUCAAAGUCGAGAAAUAAUGGAAAAUUUUUAGUCAUUAUGACUUAUCUGUAAAAGUUUCAAAACUUUUGGUCGAUAGUGUAUAUGACGCAUGUACGCGUAUAUAUAUACACACACACAUACACACAUACAGAGGGAAGAGAAACAUAGAAGCGGGAGAAAGGCACUGUUGAAGAAGUCACACGCGCACGCAUAUAACGUAAUACUUGUUCACACGUACACGGAGGAACACACAGAGUCCGCAGUCGCGGAGGAUUCUUUUAGGAAAAUCGAGCCCCGCGCUGUUUUCGAAGACGAGAACGGAUGAUCGAGAAGGAAGAACGAACAGGGGAUUGGGAAUAUUUUCUGGGGUUGACACGCGUGCAACGAUGAUCUCCCACGGAGAGUAGUUGUUUCGUCUUUGGGUAAAGAAAAAAAAAAUGGUCCUUUUUUAAUCUGUUAACCGGGCUUUGUUAGAGGGAGGGGAAAAAAAACGAGUUAAAUAAAUAAAACCGAAGUCGAAGUCACUUCGACUUUUCGAGCUCGUCGAAAAAUGGUUGAGCGGAUGAAUUUUCUAUUUUGUCGCGUUUUGGACGAGGUUUUGCAAGAGGUGAUAAGUGAUAAGGGUGGAGGAAAGUAUAGAGAAAGAAUAUAUAUUUUAGUUUUUUAAGAGGACAGUGAAAGUGAAAAAGUGGCUUAAGCUAAGAUAGAAGGAAUGACGACGUUCAAUUGUAUAAGGGAACGAAUAAGUAUUGUUUUAACUCUUUGACUUACGAUAUUCGUCCAUACUUGUGAUAGAUGUUAUUGAUUCUAUUGAAAUAGAAACAAUGUGUCGAAAUAGAAGUAAAUAAGAUUUCGUUUUCAAUUUGUAAACUGGAGGACCACGUUACGUAUUCGUGCGAAAGAGAAUCUUUGGAGAGAGAGAGAGAGAGAGAGAGAGAGAAAAAAAGAAACAUCCAAAAUGCGAAGGAGACGAAUGCAUAAGUGGUAUGUAAGUAAUUACGUCGAUAUAAAGCAAAUAAAUAGUUAAAGAGAAAAAUAAUAAUAAUAAUAAUAAUAAUAAUAAUAAUAAUAAUAUUAAUAAUAAUAAUAAUAAUAAUAAUCGUGAGGCAUGGAGUCGAAGCAAAGUGAUAUGAGAAUAAAAAUGAAGAGGAGAAAAAUAAAAAAAGAGAAAAAGAAAAAGAAAAAGUAAGCCGAUUUGAAAGUAUAAACACUUUGAAAGUAUAAACCGAAUUAUAUAUUUCAUAAUUAUACAAAUUUCUAGAAAUCCGAUGAUUCCAACUCUGCCCCCCUCUCCUCCCCUCCCCGGUUAACAGAUUAAAAUCGUCCUAAAAAUAUCUAAAUUACUCUACGAUCUCUCCACGAAACGGAAAGAAAAAAAAAAUAUGACUCUGUGACUAACGGAUACAACAUUCACGAUGCAUUUGUCAUUUCUCACACAUUUCGUAAUCACCGAGAUAUACUGUACUCGAACUGGCGCCCAUUUAAUUCCGGGACAAUUCGACGAAGGCGUUGCCUCUGGCAUGUAAACUCGCGUAAACACCUCUCUCGAUCCACGUGAAUUCGAAUGAAAGAAAAGGAGAAGAGGAGAAAAGAGGGGAAAAAAGUGCGAAGACAAGCGCGGAGGCUCGUAGACGAAAUUGCAUAAUAUAGAGAUACAAAAGAGACGAAGACGAAUACAUCAAGCUUAAUACCAAAGGUGCCCUAAGAAGCGUGUAUUUAUGUUUUAUCAUUGGCGCGUCGCGAAAUGGCGAGCAUAUAUAUAUAUAUAUAAAUAUAUGUGUAUAUACAUAUACACAUAUACGUAUAUAUAUAUAUACAUAUAUAUAUACAUUUAAUUAUGUAUCUUGUUAAGGAGAGAGAGAGUCUAAUAUCCUAGACGAGUGUCUGCGUGUGCGUAUGUGUAUAGCGAUGAACGAAAGUUGUGCAAACGAGAGACGCGCGAAUGAGAUCUAAACGGAGAAAACGUGAAGAAACGAAAGUUGAGAUUAGUGAAUGAAUGAUCGAAUAGGAGAAAUUAAUGCGUGUUAAUCUACGUAAUAAUAAUCUUAUACAUAUACAUAACGAAUGCGAACAUAUCAUAGGAUUAAGCAGUAGAGAGGGAAGAAAGUUAAAGUUUUCUCGUAAUAAAGGGGGAAAAAAAAAAAAAAAAAAAAAGAAGUAACUUUUAAACGAUCUGUCUUUAGUAGUGGCGCGAAAUAGACAGAGAAAAAUCGAGGAUACCGAAGAUGGUGUGUGCCCUGCGUGCUAGAUACGACGGCCAACUCGGCACGUAAUUUGCCCAAGUGCCUUCCCGUUGGUCGAGUCAUGCUGUAAUUCGUAUAUACCGUGUAUUAUUCGUCUCGUCCCGAUUUCAAACUCGUCGAACUCUCCCCCUUCUCCCGUGGGAUCCACGUUAUUAUUUAUACACGCGUGCAUGCGUGCCGAUAACGUGGAAUAAUCGCGCAUCGAGUUUGCGUUGAAAAGAAAAGAAGAAAACGGAAAAAAAAAAGAUAGGAGGAAAAACAAAGGAGAUGAGUAUAUAUAUAUGUAUAUAUAUAUAUGGAUGUAUAUAUAUAUGUAUAUAUGUAUAUAUAGUCACAGUCCUGAAAAAAAGAAAAAAAGAAAAAAUAACUCAAUCCAGGAGACGCUUCUUCAAACUAAACUCUAAAAAAAAAAAACUAAUUCCGAAAAGCUGUUCGAGCCUGCCUGAUAGUUUUCUAUCGCCUCGUCGUUUUCUACUUACAACCUUUUCCUCGAAGGACAGAGAGCUGCCGCAUCGACGCGUGUUCCUCUAAUUUAUAAAUAUUUAAUCUCUGCUCGACGAUUAUCCCGUUGAUAGAAUCUACGGUGUGAAGCGUGAAUUCGGCGUAAGAAGCUAGACAAGAAGGAGAAGAAAAAUUGUGCGAAAAAAUACACCGAAGAGAGAAAGAGAGAGAAAGAGAAAUUCUUCAACGGUGAUCGAAAAAAAGGAAAGGAAAAAUACUUUUCUCGUAGACAGAAAGAAUCGAAUAUUUUUCUCGUAAAUUCCUCGGAUUUCCACGUCAAAUCGAGCGGAUUCUCCGACAGAGUCGAUCGACAGCUUAUUCUCUCAAAGUUCAAGAGUUCAAUCCUCGUGCUGGUAAAUAAAUAUGAUCCUCGUCGAACAACCACUGGGCAUUUAUUAUACGCAUCCGCAAUUAAUAGUGACGAGUGGUGAUUAAGUGAUUAAGAAUAUAGUAGAGAAUGUGUGUGCGUGUGCGUAUAUGUCAACCGUGUGUGUACGUUGAAAGGCGAGAUAUUAUGACGAAAGGAUAAAAGAAAAAAAAAUGGUGAGUAAAAAACCAUACACCAACAAGAGAAACGGUUAAUUUAACGAUUGAUACGUUUGAAAGACACGUUUCGUCAGCGACAUGUGACGAUCUCGUCGUAAUUGCCCUCGUCCGUGAGCACGUUCCUUUAUUUUUUUAUUUCCAUGAAAACGUUAGUCGGGAAGGAAAGAAAAACAUAGCGAGGGAAGGGAAAACAGAGUGGACGUUUGCGCAUCGUUUCGUGCGCACGGUGGCGAUUAUGUUCUAGGCAUUACGUAGAUUUGUCAGCGAACGUACUUCUGAAGUCGAUCUUUACGUGCGAUCAAAUGUGAAUUUCGUUUCUUUUUUUUUUCUUUAGAUAAUUAACUCUUUCACUGUGGUAUUCUUAAAAGUAAAAAUGUGUUUCGUAAAAUGAAUCCAAGUCUCGUUGCCCGAUCAUCGUCCCUUAUAAACGAAUAUUUCGAUCAACGAAUCGUGUGAUUUUUCACGUAUUUGUGAACGGUUAACCUCUUUUAGGAACGCCGUAAAACAUCAAACGUAACAUUUCAAAGCAUUAUUGAGUAAAAUAAAAUAUUAUCCAUGUUUCGAGUUUUUAUAAUUAAAAGAUUUUAUAGUGAAGAGUUCUUCGAUAGAAUUUAUUUUUUUUUUUUAAUUAGAAUAAUUUUAAUUUUAAGAAAAACGUACAUAUAUGUAAUCUUUCAAAAAGAUUAUCUAAAUAUCUUCGUUCAAUAUUUUUCAAUGCCAUAUCUAUUGAAAUUUAAAAUUACUACUGAAUCGAAUAAUUCUUAUUCUAACUUAAACCGUUGCAAAAUAAGCAUUACAUUCGCGACUAAAUUUUCUCCUUUUCAACUCCUCAAUUCACGUGGUGUAUCGUUGCUUAAAGAUCCAGGUGGAACGAAAGCAGGCGUUCUUACCAUCUUUCUUGCCGUGAAACAAAAAUCCGUUUGACCUGAAAGAGGAAGUUGGCCGGUUUGUUUCCGGGGAACUGGACCGUCACGAAAUUCAGAGCGAGACGAGAUGUCCCUUGACGAUGAAAAGCGGUAAACUCGGCUCGUCGGGCAACGAGAUCUCGUUUUCGAAGGAAGUGUGUCACCGAUCGCGAGGCAUACACGGUGAAUGUGGAACGAUUUUUGCAAUAUCGGUUCGAACCGAUUGUAAAAAUUUUCGACGAUUGACCGCGAGAUUGGUUUUAAUUUGAAGAGAAAGAAAGAAAGAAAAAAGGAAAGAGGAAAGUAUGUCGCUGAAUCGAAGAUGAAAGAAGAUAAACGUAUAGAGGAAGAGAAAGAGAGAGAGAAAGAGACAAAGAAACGAAAGUAAGACGAGAUUUCAGGGUUGUCACUCUUCUGAUACAUAUCGUUAGAUUGUUAAGGGCUUGCCGAGCAGGCCAUUUAAAAGUAGAUAAUUAUCUUGGAAGGCGUUUGCAGUCGUGUAUCCUAAAGGAGAUCGAUCGAAACUUGAUUCUUCGAAACUUUACGAGAAAUUGAAAUUCUCGAAAUUUAGACAAUUGUAAGAAAAUUGAAAAAUUGAAGUGAGUUUAUAUUUAAAUUGGUCAUUGGUUAAAUAAUAUCCCCACAACAUAUUUUAAAUAAAAAUUAUUCUGCAUUUGAGUUUCGAAAGUUUGGAAGAAUUACAAAAUUUUUAAAUUUCGAUUCCUAUUUUUAUUAAAAAUAAAAUUAAAAUCUUUCGAAAGAAAAUAAUUCGAUAGAAGACGGGUUAAUCCUUUCACUUACAACAAAUACACGUUUUUAGUAUUUUUAUUACAAAUAUAAUAAUAAAAGAAAUAAAGAGAUUCAUGGAUAAAUCGAAUAAAAUUUUUUCACACGAUCUAAAGAAAUCUAAUUUUUAUGCACGAAUCAACUCGUCUCUAUCUAUUAAAAGAUCAAUUAAUCGCACAAUAUGUAUCACUUAAGAUAAAUCUUUAUCAAUUCUAAAACAUAAAAAAAAAAGAUUAAUAUGAUUCUUUUAAAAAGACGUCUCAGAAUUUCACGAACAAUUAUCCUAAAAAGUAAGAAUCCUUUCGGACAAAGAUCGACUCUGAAUAGGAUAAUGACUUUGAUAAACGCUUUCCAAUUGAUCGUUAGUAUAAAUAAAAAAAGUAAAAAAAAAAAAAGAAUAAAAAUAAAAGUGUAUAAAUUCCGCUUGAAUCCGUGAACAUGUCGAUCCACGAACAUAUCACCGAAUUUCUGACUCGUUAGAGUAUCGUAAUAUUCGUCAUAGAUGGUGACUGAAUAAAUUUUUUUUCCUCGUAUAAGUCGAUAUAUAGAGAAUAAAAAUUUUAUCGAACUCCUCGGAUCCUCUCUUAAGUGUGUCUUGGAUUGUACGUAUAGGUAUAAUAUAUAUAUAUAUAUACACACACAUAUAUAUUUAUUAAAAAAAAAAAAAGGAGGGAGAAAAUUGUUUGUACGCGCAUUGGUAACGAGGAAGCGUGGUUUCGAAGGAAAAGGAAAGUUAGGUCAAUUCAACGUUCCCUUCUUGAACGAGAGUCAUCGCGAUUUUUUGAAGAGAGUUAAAAACAGAGUUGUACACAUCUGUGUGUGUGAUCUUCGAAAACGGCGGAAAGUAUAGCCUAAAUUGUAAAAUCCAUGCGAGGCCUUACAUUUGCGAAUUCGGAGAGAGCGAAAAACGAGAGGAAAGAAAAAUAACGAAACGAUUUAUUUACAACAAUUUAGAAUUUAUUCGCUAGUUUGAUGAUAAAUUGAUCUGUCCUUUUGAUAUAAAAAAAAAAGAAAAAGAAGAAGAAGAAGAAGAAAUAACAGAAGAAGGAAAAAAACGGGAAAUCGAAUCGAGUAUCCUCGAUUCUUGAGAAACCUUUUUCUAUAAAAUAUUCUUCGUCUUCUUCUUCGAUUUUUUAUUUUUUUUUUUCGCCGUCACCGAUUUUUCUUUUUUUUUCUUUUUUUCGAAUCUUCAUCAGAUUCCAUUAGAUCCGCGGAUUAUUAUCCAAUCGAACGUAUAUAUAUAUAUAUUCUAACUGAAUCGUGAACCGUGACUACCGUGACGCGAAGAGAAGAAAGGAAAAAAAAAAAAAAAGAAAAGAAAAAGGAAACGAAGGCUCUCGAAUGCCUUUCCCAGGGCAACGUAUUCGCUUGACCUUAACAUAACAUAUCAUUUUACAAUAUAAAAAACAAUAGUUGUACUGCCCAAGGUAGAGAUAGAAUGGACGUGUUUGCUGCGCAUGCGUGUAUUCUAAAUGUAUAAUCGUACACAGUGUGAUUGCGUUUAAAAGCGAGACAAUUUAUCUAGCUAAUUUAGACCGACUCGAUCGCGAAUUCUAUCGAUUCGGUCCCCGUGCAAAGGAGUGUUGUACAACGCGUGAAACGUGAUGUGAUUGAAAAAAAAGGAAAGGAAGAAACGAAAGAAGGAAGAAAAGAAAAAAAAGAGAAACCAGAGAAGGAAAUGAAUAUAUAUAUAUGAUAAUAUCGAGCGCCGACACGAUUUUUCUUAUUCGAUAAAUUUUCAUUCGAAAAGCUCGCUCGAUUUGAAUCGAACGAAAAGAGGGAAAAAAGAGAGAGAGAGAAAAUACGUCGCGAGGAUAACACGCCUCGUGAGCGAAAUAUCGUGGCGGUGAAAAAAAAAAAAAAAAAAGAAUAAUCCUUCGGCACUCGCGGCCAAGCUUUUGCUACUUUUGUAUGAAAACGACGAUUAAAAAAAAAGAUAAUAUUUACACCGAUGAAGCUGAGAGGAGACCAAAGGAAGGAAAAAAGGAAACGAAGAAAAAUCGGAAAGGGGAAUAUAAAAACGAGGAAGGAAUGGAGGGAUGUUCAGAAGCGUGCUCGUAAGUCGCGAUCGAGCGACACGAUUUUUCGAUCCGAUCUAUUUAAUUACUCAACAUCUUCGUCGCGUUCCAUCGCUUCGUUUUUCGACUCUAUUCCUCCUCUCCACGAGAAUCCGUUCCAUUGAGUGAAAGUGGAUCGCGGACAAAGUCAUUGAAAUUAUAAUCGAAGCGUGAUUACAAAUUGUAGUUAAAUUUUUUUUUUCAAUUCGAGAGUAACUGCGUGAUUUUUUUAUCGAAAUUCUUUUACGUUUUUGAUAUCAUCUCUGACCAUCAUUCGAAAAACACUGCUGAUACUUUCAUUCUAAUCUCUAUAUUCGAUCUGAUAAGUCCAAAAAAAAAAAAAACGAACCGAUGGAAUCGUGGUCGACCUCGACAAAAGACAACGAGAACUAAGGGAAAGUAGAGCAAGAGAGGAACGCAACGCGGAAUGUUCGCGCGGCGAGAAUUAGCGAAUCAUAAAAUGAAGAAAAGAAUCGACGUUUUCUUUCUCCAACCAAUUGUAUAUUAUAUUCUUUCCUCGUACAAUUGGAAUCCGCCGUGCAAUUAUUAAAAUUAAAAUAUCAUAAUUACGUAUCCAAGGAAAGAAUGUUACGUAAACCUUUUUUUUUUUCUUUAUGAACGAGACGAUUGAAAGAGAUUAAUGAAGUAAAAAAAAAAAGAAAGAAAAAUUAGGUACAACGAAAAAUUAUGAGUAGAAAAAAAAAAGUGUAAAGAAAUUAGAGAGCAAAAAGAAGAAGAAGAAAAAAUAAGAAAGUCGAUUCUGAGCGUAUCGAUGCGAUUGAUCGAUUUGUAAUGGAAAUUAUUGGUAUUCGUUCGUUCGCGAUGAAUCGUUUCGAUCGAAUCUAAAAAGUGCUUUACACGAGUGAACUAAGGAAAAUUCAUAUCAGUAGACAGUGUAACGCUACUAUACAAUUUACAAUUAAUAGAGAAUGGCGUAAGGAUUAGUAGAAAUCGAUAUAAAUAUGAAAAGUAUAUAUAUAUAUAUGCGUGUCUGGCGUGUGUGUGUGCGUGUGUAUCACGAGUAAACGAAGAACGACGAAAUAGAAAAAAAAAAGGAGGGAGUGAAAAAUGAAGAGGAGAAGAAAAGAAAAGGGGGGGAAAGAGAAGAAAAUGAAAAUAGAAAGUACGUAAAUUAACAAAGGUGAUGAAUCAGAUUAUUUUGUACCGUGAACACUAGAGAGAACAUUAUUCUAACCGAGUCCUUUUUCGUUUCUUUUUUACAAUACAUACGUAUAUAUGUAUAUAAAACAGAUAACGUAUAUCUUAUACACACGCGAAAAAGAAAAGGAGCAACACGCAAUAUAGAUGACGAGAAAGCACCUGAACGAGGCUGAUCUGUGCGAUCGAGAGCUUAUAUAGAUCACGAUUUUUCGAAGCACGAAGGAAACGAGACAUCAAACGACCGAAAAAUAUAACCUUUGAAGAAAUAUAUCCUGAUGGUAAUCGUGGUAAUCGAUUGUAUUCACCUGUCAUCUAUCAUUUUCUCUCGACGAGGAUGCAACCUCGUCCCCAACAAUGCGGGAUCAUAUAUAUAUAUAUAUAUAUAAGAGACACAGAAGUUUAUUUAAAGCUAAGAGAAGGAAAAAAUCACGAACGAAGCGAGAAUCACUUUUCGCGAAACGAUCGAGUGCACGAUUACUUCGGAAUGAAACGCCUAAGAAGAGAGGAAAAUUCGUAUGGAGGAGGAACGAGAAAGGAGAAAAGAAUUGCUUGAUCGUUCGUUUAAUCGAGGAAACGUCGAGUCAAAUCGAAUCAUCUUAACGUGAAUUUUAACGUUAACGACGUAUCGUCCAAAGGAUCCAAAGUGGCCCUCCUCCCCCCUCCCUUCCCCUCGUAUGAACGCUACGAGGAUUAAAGAGAACGAGGACACAAUCGAGACAAACGAACACCAAAGAUAUCGAUAAUAUAUAUGUCCAAAGAUCGCCAGGGGGAUUCGAUCGACAAUCGAUCGUGUCAACAUUGCGACACGAUGUUGUCACGCGAAUUAAAAUUAACGGAUCUAGCCCUGCGCGAACCGUGUGCGAUAGUCGAUGCUAUACUCGAUACGAUCUGAAAAAACGCGUCUCUGCGCAAGACGUGUGCGCAGAAGUACGAAGUACGAGAAUGGAACACCAGGGGAGGGGGGAAAAGAGAUAUAUAUAUAUAUAUACAGAUUGAUGAAAGUAGAGGAAACGAAGAACCUGCCACAUUAUUAGACACGAUUAAUUAAAAUAGAUUCCCGAAUCCGUCCUAACGAGACGACGCUGAAAAUCCACGAAAAUCUCCAUACGCCCUGCGUCGCGUUGCGCAUCAGCAUCAGCACUAUUUUGAAGGAAAAAGUAGGCCAGUCUCGAAACGGUAUUUUUUUUUUCCCAAGCAAGCCGAGAAAAUUAUUUUUGAUCGCGUGAACCUCGCUCUCUGUCCACGAUAUUAUAUCUCGAAAGGGGACGACGCCGUUCAGAUUGAAGCGAAACGUGUCCGUGGGGAGGCCUUUCGAGCUUGGUGUCGAGCUAACGAGUUUCCACCGUUUUGUUCCACGUAAAUCGCUAACACGAAUUUACACGCCUUGUAGAUGGUAAAAAUUCGAGAAGAUGGUGAAAAGGAAAGAAAAAAAAAAGGGGGGGACCGGAGCUUUUAAACUCUAUGUACAUCGUCUGUUAUAUUAAAUUUUGAAUUUAAAAAUUCAAAAUGUCGAGGAGGAGAAUUGAAAAAAAGCUUGGAACAGAGGGUUGAUCACGAUGACACGCGAUUGCUCAGGAGUUCCCAUUUCGGAAGAGAAGGAAAGGAAAAGCGUUGUUGGUGGAAGAAGUAUAUGGGCAGUCGUGAAACUGUUCAUUAAAUAUUUUUCUUCGUUCAAGAUUUCAUUAAAGAUUUUACGAAUUUUUUUUUAAUUCUCUUGAAAAAUUUUCUAUCAUCGUUUCGUUCUAUUUCUUGUUCUAAUAUCUUUAAAUUUUAACACGCUAUUCUUCUUCCUAUGUUCGACUGGGUUACAAGAAACGUCGAAAUAAAAGUGAUAAGAACGCGAAAUCUCGCGAUCACGUACAAUAAGACAUAUCAUUUUUCUAAUAUAUAUAUAUAUAUAUAUAUAUAUGUAUAUGUAUGUAUAUAUAUAUAUUUGGACGACAUAGAUUCUCGUCUAAAUAGAAUAAAAAAGAAGAGAGAAAGAAAGAGAAGAAAAAAAGUGAAAAUUUUCGAAAAUUGUCCUCGAUCGACCGCGACCUACAUUACCGACAAUUGUUUUCGAUCUUACUUGAAAGUAAAGUAGUAAGGGAAGGGAGAGGGAGGGGAUGAUAAAUAAGAAAGAAUAAGAAAAGGUAAAAAAAAAAAAAAAAAAGUCGUGGUGAGUCCAUACAUUCCGAAAGUAUAAUUAACGACACGUUAAAUUAGGGACCGUAGCUAUUGCGUAUAAGUAUUCGCAGAAAUUUUUUUUUAGGCUCGUCGGUUAUAAUUUAAACGCUAUAUAUUUAUUAUACAUUAUUACUAAAAGAUUUAAAACUAACACGUGACACGUGAUUUUAAUCUAUAUAGAAUACAAUGUCGCCGUGAUGUUUUUCUCGUCGAUUUUUCGAACGUUUCGCGAUUCAAACGUGUGAUCGUAGUUGUUAUUCGAGAAACGGAUUUAAAUGAUAAAAAUCGCGUGCGCUUCUUUCCGUACUAUGUGUUUUAGUUAUUAUACACAGUCCGUCUGGUGAUGCUUGGCGUAGAUUAGCGGAAGUGACGUUGCGUCAAAGUAAUUUUUAUCCCUCGAUUGAUAGGGCAGAGUCGAAACUCGUUUAGAUCGUAUUACAUUUAUAUACACCGUAUAUACUAUCGUAUAUUCAAUUUUUCUCGAUUUGUAUCAAAAAUAUUUGUAUACACCCAAAAUUUGUAAUUUUAUCAAUCUCUAAUGUAAUGUCUUUUUGGAGAUAUACAAAAUCGAAUACUUGAUCGACUUUGCUCUAUCAAUUAGUUAUAGUAACAAGUACACUGCUCAACAACUCUUUUUCUAUUCGAUAAAAAAAAUGCAAUUAUUACAAUCAUUCGAUAUUUUUCGUAUAUCUCGUAUAUAAAAUAUACGAAGAUAUUUUUAAAUGGAUAACCAGACCAUAAACCAUAAUUGCACCUUGUUUCCCCAGUUUGCGGCCAUUUUUUUUUUUUUUUUUGCGUUGACUACACAAUUGGAAUCACCACGCUCCGUAUCUUAUGCGUGGUAUAUAAACGUUGCCUAUAAACGCUUUCAUAAUUCUCUAUGAGUCAUUCCAACGUAAUUUCGUACCGACACGAACCGAUCCGAUUGAAGAAAAUUUUUUGACGAAAUUUCUUUCAAAAGACGAGUGGAAAAAAUUAAUUGAAUUGUAUCGAAUAUUUAUAUACACUUUCUCCUUAAUUUGUUCGCCGUAUGUUUUUGACCAAAUAUGUAUGUAUUUUUUUAUCGAGCAGUGUAUUUCGCCCUUGAGAUUGAGAUUUUCAGAAGAAGAAGAAGAAAAAAAAAAAAUCUCUCAAACGACACGAAUGUUCCAUCCCGUUCAUUCCCGCGGAUUCGAUUCCGCGAUAUGUGAAAAUAGUCAAUUCGUGGUAAUUUAAUUAAACGGAAAGUGAACAAUUUCUGUGAGAGGAAAUUGUCAACGAUCUCGGCAUUGAUUUAAAUCGAUCGAUCGAGAUUCUUCGAAUGAUUAAAAAAAAAAAAAAGAAGAAGAAGAAGAAAAGUGAUUAGCAAAUUCAGAAAACGUCUGCUUCGACGGCAUUAUAUAUAUAUAUAUAUAUAUAUAUAUAAAAUAUAUAUGUAUACUAGAUAUUAUAUUCAAAGAAAUUUCAUUCUAGCUAUCAGAUGUUCUUUGCACAUAGGUACCUGAACGGUUCGACUAUUUAUAUUAAUUUGUCAAGGCUGCGUAAACAAUCCCAAAGAAUGAAAGAUGCUAUUUUACGUGCUCGCGGUGGUGGAUUUCGAUAUAUAAGCUCUUAGCCAACGUGAUCAACGUUGAUGGAACACCGAUUCACGGAACUAUCGUCGUAUUCAACCGUGUCAAGCUAUCUCCUUUUAUCAUUUUUAUUACGAGAGAUGUUAAAAAUAUAUUUCAAAAUGUUUGCCGCUUCGAACAGAAUUUUAAAAAGAGAUUUGUAAAGAUCUUAGAUAUACGUUUGAACUGAGGGAAAUCGUCGGUUGUUUUUUCUUUUUUCUCUCUCGUAAACAUUCAAUUCGGUAAAAAAAAAAAAUACAUAUUUACUUUAAAUUUUACUCGAGGAUUCUAUCUCUCCCGGGAGGAAAAGGGAGGAUCCUCGAAUACGUUUGAACGGAGAAAUCGCUUGAACAACAAAGAAUCUCUGUAAAAGAAGAUCUCAGAUGAGGAGAAACCUUUGUCAAUUCAAUUAAAGGAUCAUUGAUUUAAGAAAAUUUGAUUAAAAGAAAAAAAAAAAAAAACUGCGAAUUUCUGAGAAAUAUUUGACGCGGAUCAGAAAAAAAAUCUGUGGGAAAAAAUCUUUCUUCACAAAGGAUCUCGAUGUACAAUCUCUCUGGUCUUGUAAUAUAAUAUAACGUGUCUGUGUAUAAAAAUUUUUUUUCUAGAAAAAAAAAAUAAAAAAAAAAAACAGGAAAAUCACACGGAUCUAAAGAAUCUGAAGAAUCUUUCUUACUUACGGAAGGAAGAGGAAAAAAGAGAAAAAAAAGAAAAAAAAAGAAAACACGUUAAAGUAAAGUAAAGUUAAUAAAACAAAGUAAACAAGUCGCUAUUGUUAUUCAUUAAUUAGGCAUAAAUCGGAUAAUUAUACGAAAAAAAAAAAAGAA